GCGAUUGAAAAGCGAUUUAUGAGAAGUCGAGGUCCUGGUGGCCAGAACGUUAACAUGGUGAGCACAAAAUGCGAGAUACGUUUCAAGCUGAGUGAUUCUACAAAAUGGCUCUCAAAAGAGAUGCAACACAAAUUUCGCAGCAAAUUCGCACGUUUCUUGGCCGCCAACGACAUUGUUAUUAUCUAUUCGGACAAGACACGAUCGCAGGCAGACAAUCUGGCAGACUGCUUUCAAAAGCUGCACAUGAUGCUCGACGAGUGUCUCGAAGAAGUGCUCGAUUCCACCAAAAGUCCAUCUGAAGACGAUUUGAAAAUCUUGAAGGAUAGAGCUGACAAGAACGCCACCAAACGUUUGGAAAUGAAGCGAAAGCAAUCGCAAAAGAAACGAAUGCGUCACGAUUAUACCAAUUAA